ACAGAGCUGAUCACUAUUCUAGACGCGAAUUUAAAAGAUUUAUAAUACAAAAUACAUUAUCUAAUAUAGAAACUAAUGUUUCCGUUGAAGCUGAUGCUUCUGUCGAUGCAUGUGCAAAAAUUCACGAGAGUUACCUGAAGGGAAAAAAUAGCAGUGAUACUUAUUACACUGAUUAUUAUGAUUUGGAAACUUGCUUUAAAACUUUUAAAUUUAAUGCUACGCGAGCGAAUAAGGCAUAUAAUUUAUAUGAUAAUAUGAUUACCAGUACUAUUAAGGGUAUCUUGGAAAAUUUCUACCCAUUUCUAGAUCAAGCUAAAGAACCACCACAGCCAGGCUUCACAUUUCAACCUACUGACAUAAUAAGCAAGCUUGACGCAUUACUUAAUAAUCAAUAUAGCACGGACUUUCAAUUCAUUGCAAUCAAAAUAUUCAAUGAUGUAACUGACAGCAAUUUAAUUGAUUGCGAAGUAGUAACAAUUAAUUCUCGCCCAGCCAUGGAAGUUUUAAUCGAAUUCGCAAAUGAAAGGACUUUUACAUCUAAAGAUCUUGGCGUACGGUUUAAUUCGGUGAUAUCUUCUCUUAGUCUUAGUAAUAAUAACAUCAGAGUAUCACCAUUAACCCAGCAAUUUACCAAAAGUCGUAUAUUACCUGAAAAACCUAACUCAAACUCUUAUUGGAACAAUUUUUGCGCGGCUACGGCAACACCCGCUCCAAUUAAUCCACUUAAUACUUUUGGCGACUACAGUAAAACUUAUGAUAGCAUGAUAUCAAAUGCACAAAUGGUUUUUAAUGGCACGAGUUCUCGUUUCUACAUGCUGAAUCAGACAGGAAUUGCAAUGAUUUCCACUCUCAGUCCUACUGUUGAUGAACAAGAACAGAUGAUAACCAUAUUACAAGGUUUCAAUAAACUUAAUGAGAUGGGUGCAAAAAAGAUUGUUCUUGAUCUUACCGAUAAUAGCGGUGGUCUAAUAUCCGUUGCUGAAUUUGUGAAUAUUUUAUUGUUCCCAAAUACCAAUCCUUCUUUCCCAAGUGACGCCAAAGUCACCAACUUUUCCACAUUAGCAAUCCAAACAGCGACUACAGGACAAAUAUCUGAUAGCAUUUUUGAGGCUCAACAAUAUGCAUCAUUUUCUACAGAACAAGUAUUCAACACUUCCCAAGAUUUUAUAGGGAACAAUGUAUACACGCGAGAGACUCAAGUAAGAUAUACUAACAAAUUCAUCCAUGCUGAAAAUAGAGCAAUCAUCCAACAAGUCCUUGGGAACAGCCCGCCAAAAUAUCCAUGGACAUCAAAAAAUAUAAUUAUUUUAACAAAUGGUAUUUGUGGAUCAUCAUGUGCAAUAAUAGCACAACAUUUAGCAGAAUUACAAGGUGUUGCCACCAUAGCAGUUGGAGGAUUUGCAGAUACACCUUUAUCAUUUUCAUCAUUUGCUGGUGGGGAAGCUUUCAAUAGUUACGCAUUAUUUAAAGAUUUGUUCGAGUUAGGAUUACUUGAUAAUCCACUUUCACCACAACCUUUUGACCUUUAUGGUACUCUUGCGUUUCCUAUAUUUGAAAUCUAUAGUGUUAAAAAUGAUCAAGAAGUUUUAGAAUUUUCAUAUAGAAAGGCAGAUCAUAGGUUAUUUUAUGACGAGAAAAGCGUUAGAGAUCCUAGUUUACUAUGGAUGCAGGCUUC